AAUAAUCCGUAGAAAUCCGAGUGCGCGUGCGUAUCCAGACGUGGCAACGGCAUCAUGGCUUCCUGGACCCGCUACAGGAGAAGGAUGAGAGAGGAGAAAAUGUUCACGCUGCUUCUGCUGCUGGUGUGCCUGCUGUCGUUGCUGGAAGCUGUGAAGGUCUCACCUCUUAUAGAGAAGGUCAGCGACCACAAAGACUUCAAGAAGCUGCUCAGGACGAGGACCAAUGUUCUGGUGCUCUACACAAAGACAGCCACAUCCGGGGAGUCCCACCUAAAGCUGCUAUCCAGUGUGGCCCAGACGGUAAAAGGCCAGGGCACUAUAGCCUGGGUCAACUGUGGAGACUCCGAGGGACGGAAGCUCUGCAAGAAAGUGAAGGUGGACCCGAGCUCCAAGCAUGGAGGAGCAGAACUCAUGCAUUACAAAGAUGGGACGUUCCACACGGAGUACAACCGACCUGCUACCUUUAAGUCUAUGGUGGCGUUCCUCAAAGACCCAUCAGGACCUCCGCUGUGGGAGGAAAACCCCGAGGCGAAGGAUGUCAUCCACGUCGAAACAGAAAAAGACUUCAGGAAGCUGCUGAAGAAAGAGGAAAGGCCCAUCCUCAUGAUGUUCUACGCUCCCUGGUGCGGGGUUUGCAAGAGAAUGCAGCCCAUUUUUCAGCAGGCGGCUACAGAAACAAAAGGAAAAUAUAUAUUGGCAGGGAUGAAUGUGCACCCAGCUGACUUUGAUGGCCUAAAGCAAGAGUUCAACGUCAAAGGCUACCCCACCUUCUGCUACUUUGAGAAGGGGAAGUUCCUCCAUCACUAUGAGAACUAUGGAGCUACAGCCAAGGAUAUUGCAGACUGGCUGAAGAACCCCCAGCCCCCCCAGCCGAAGACUCCUGAGGUGCCGUGGCCUGAGACGGACUCUGCAGUCUUCCACCUGACCGAUGAAUCCUUCGACGCCUUCCUGGAGAAACACCCUGCAGCCCUGAUCAUGUUCUACGCCCCUUGGUGUGGCCACUGCAAGAAAAUGAAGCCAGAAUAUGACGAAGCUGCUGAAAUACUCAACAAGGCUGCAGAUAGUCCAGGUGUGUUGGCAGCAGUGGAUGCAACGGUACACAAGGCUGUGGGUGAUCGCUUCAAGAUCUCUGGUUUCCCCACUGUUAAGUAUUUUGAGAACGGUGAGGAGAAAUUCACGCUUCCACAACUCCGAACCAAAGAUAAGAUCAUCGAGUUCCUGCACAAUCCUCAGGCUCCUCCACCUCCAGAGCAGUCCUGGGAGGAGAAGCCCUCUAGUGUCAGCCAUCUUGGAUCAGAGGAUUUCAGAGAGGCUCUGAAGAAGAAGAAACAUGCUUUAGUCAUGUUCUACGCUCCAUGGUGUCCUCACUGUAAGAGCGCCAUCCCUCACUUCACCACAGCAGCUGAGCUCUUUAAGGAGGAUCGUAAGAUUGCGUACGCCGCUGUGGACUGCACUAAAGGUCAGAACCAUGAGCUGUGUAAGCAGGAGGGGGUGGAGGGCUACCCAACAUUCAACCACUACAACUAUGGCAAGUUCGUGGAGAAAUACAACGGAGACCGUGGCGAGGUGGGCUUCACGGGAUUCAUGCGCAGCCUGAGAGGCCGUGACCAGGAAAAGGUGGUCAAGAGGAAGGAGGAGCUCUGAGGGUUGGUGGAGGUGCCCUGGGACCCCUGAGCCUGGCAAGGACCAGAUCAGCACUGGACUGGGAGAUUCUGUGACCUCAGUGAAGGCUAUUUUUAUACCAGGAGUCCCGCCGCCCGCUCCGGGACUUCUUUAUUUGAUGGAUGUUCUGAUGACAGACAAGAAGUGUUUUUAUUUUUUUGUUUCCAAUCACUGUGACUGGAUGUCUUAAAGCUACACCGCCCUGUACUGAAUCUAUGCAAUAGUGACCCCUGCUGAGCCCAGUGGGGGUCUGUGUGACCUGACUGGUGGCUAAAGCUAAGGCUGCACCCUUCGUCACCACACUGAAGGUUCUGAUCCGCUCAUAUCAACAUGGCGCCGCCUCUGGAGGAAGUGUGUUGGUUUAGUUUUAGGUACGGUGACUUCAUCCAGCCUCACUUCAUCUAGAACAAAACAUCUGGAGGCCUGGGUGAGCCUCUGCUGUGUCUUUCUGUUCUUGUCUCCAUCAUGCUGGUUUUUACUGCUAGAAAAAUCUUCAAAUGUUUGUUUUUGUUCAAAUCUGUGGCCUUAAAACCUAAAUAUGUCAAAUAUCUCUAAGCCACAGGAAGGCUUAAGCCUGGUGGCAUUUCAGCUCCUUCAUGAUCAGAAACAAAAGCAUGAAUGAAAUCAAAACUGUUUCUCUUCUUUCCAGUCAAAGGAGUAUUUGAUGUGUUUGAUUAUUGUUGAUCCAGAAUGGGAUCUUAUUGUUUUAAACAGUAAUACAACAUGGAGCCACCACCGCAGAACUCCCUCUGCCUCCACGUGCAGCUGGACCUAAUGUCACCUUCAGCUCCAGACGAGCGCCGUCAGAGACUCCAACGAGGCUGCUGAGCCCACUCCGCCUCCUGGAUCCACGGACCUAUCAUGGCUGUUCUUGUUUUAUUGUUCAGGUCUUGGGUUUCUCUCAUUAUCAGUAAGGUUCUCAGGGAUAGUUUAACACAGUUAAAGGGAAUUCAUUCAUCCUCACAUUCCUGCUUUGGUCAAUAAACGUUGACGGUGGAAUCCCUAACUCACGUUAUUUGUCCUUCCUGUUCCGUCUUGAGUCCUAGAUGUCGUCAGAGGUCACUGAAGGGUAAAUGUUUUUAUUUACAGCUGUUUUAAAUGUUCUGGCUGCACUGAACACACAAUUAGAGACGCCCAGAGAAAAAGGAAAGGGAAGAAAUGUGUCCAUGGGUGAUAAUCUAAUUUCUAUUUUCAGAAUAAAAUUGAAAUGUAAAAUACGUUGACGUGAAUCUUGUUCCCCAGAACCCGACUGUUUUUAUUAUCCUUUGCGUGGUUUUACUUCGUAAAUGACCAUAAUAGGUUUCCUUAUAUGUGAGGGGUGGUCUGUGCUCCUGCGACAUUUAACAGUAGAGCUUCCUUCAGCCCUUCACAAUAAGAGUCUGAAACACCUGAAUUUUUUAUUUUAUUUUUUUUUUUCGAAAUAAAAUGUUUAUUAUUGUAGCUCUACAGUAAAACCCAUCCUGCAGCCAUGUUGUAACUGGCUGCGUUCAGACCCAGGUGCAAGCAUUUGUCACCAUAGGGAAUUAUGGGUAUUGUGCGUCUGUGUGCCCCUUUUUGAUCUGAAAACAACUUUAUUGUUAAGUAUUUGACUCUGUCAGCACUAAUGACCCCCGUCACACGGAGGCUUUACACCUUUGGCGUACCCGUCACCACUUUUGUUUUUCUUUGGAGGUUUUCACUCAGACGUCAUACUUUAGUAAUAACGACUCAUCUGUUAUCCCAAAGGAAUCCACGGUGUGUGUUUUUCACACUUUAUGCCAAGAAGUCAUUGUUGCCUUUGUUGUUUUUUCUGUGCCCAGCCAUAUGUACAGUUAUUCCCCUAAGAAGAUCAAAUAAAGCCAAACGUUUCCAACAGAAAAA